AUGAGCUUCUACUACGGACUCGGCGGCAUAGGGUCGUUUCUGACCGUGGUUGGAUUAUAUAUGCUCUUCACCGGCAGCGGUGAAUCCUUCAACGUCGGAGCCUUUCUCGAAAGCGUCUCGCCAUUCACAUGGGCUGAUCUGGGUAUUGCCCUCUGCAUCGGUCUGUCAGUCGCUGGCGCGGCCUGGGGUAUCUUCAUCACCGGCUCUUCUAUUCUUGGCGCAGCCGUCAAGGCUCCUCGAAUCCGAACCAAGAACCUAAUCUCAAUCAUAUUCUGCGAAGUUGUCGCCAUUUAUGGCGUCAUCAUGGCCAUUGUCUUUUCCUCCAAAAUCGACAACGUUUCUGGCCGCGACUUAUAUUCCGCCGACACUUAUUAUACCGGAUUCGCUCUUUUCUGGGCUGGUCUGACUGUCGGCCUGUGCAACCUCGUCUGUGGUAUUGCCGUUGGAAUUAACGGCAGUGGUGCGGCUCUUGCCGAUGCUGCUGAUGCUACAUUGUUCGUCAAGAUUCUGGUUGUCGAGAUUUUCAGCUCGGUUCUUGGUCUUUUUGGUCUCAUCAUUGGCCUUCUUGUCGCACAAAAGGCCCCUCAAAUCGGAAAGAGCGUUUGA